AUGGAGAUCCAGAUCCAUCCAAUUCUUCUUGUCCUCAUUGAGGUAAUAACCACCGCAAUUGUCGUCGGCUUCACCGCUCCGUCCUCCAUUCUUCGCCUCGGUGCUCUCCUCAUCGUCGCUCUGUCCACCUGGCAAUGCAUUUCAACAGCAAUGGAGUAUAUGGUGCGCAGCCCCUGGGCUUCUCUAGCCGGCGGUUACGCGGUCACGUUUCUCUUCCAUUUCGUCGAUGUCGCGCUGCUGAGUCGAUGGUCCUUCAAGACCGGUGGCCCAACAAUCGGACUAUCGUCUCGAUCAUCAGCCGCGAGAAAAGAGUCUUCCGUCUACGAGCGUGAUAAUGGGUCCUUCUGGUGGGAUAAAUUCAUCUUUGGGCUUGCGGUCACCUGCUCCUUUCGAUUCAUUGGUACGCCCGAUCAAGUGAAAUAUGUCCCUCUGUUCUCGAAUCGCGACCCCAGCUACGUCCCGUCGCGUGUCCGUUUCCUACAGAAGACCGCUCUGACGAUCUUCCUAUGCUACCUCGGACUGGACCUGACGACUUCCAAUGCGGAUCCGGAGCUCAAUCUGAGGUACUUUACGCUGCGGCACAUUCCUGUCUUGAGACGCCUGCACGAGAUCUCUGCGGAUGAGAUCCUCAUGAGAGUCCUAGCAACUAUUGCUGCGGGCAUCAGCCUGACUUCGGUCCAAAGAGGGACCUACAGCAUUGUUGCGUUCCUGAGUGUCCUGCUUGGUCUCGGAGAGCCUCAGGACUGGCCACCAUUCUAUGGGUCUCUACUAGACGCUUACUCGCUGCGAAGAUUCUGGAGUCGCGUUUGGCACCAGACCAACACCCACAAACUCUCUUCCAUCUCCAACUUUCUCGUGCAUGAUGUCCUCCGGAUGCCUCGCGGGAAUCUCAUCGCCAGAUACGCCCGAGUCGUGGCGGCAUUCGCGGUGUCGGCGGUCAUGCAUGUCCUCAUCGACAUCGCGGCCGGCAUCUCGAUCCACAAUUCGGGUGCAAUCACCUUCUUCUGCACGCAGAUUCUCGGGAUCGUCGUGGAGGACCUGGUCGUGGGCGUGUAUCGCUCCCUCUUGAGCCGCGACGGCACUCGACCGCCUUUGCUGGCUGAGAAGCUGGUCGGCUACACAUGGGUGCUCGCUUUUACGGUCUGGUCCAGUCCAGUAUAUCUGUACCCAAUGAUGUAUCGCGCCAACAUGGGCCUGAAUGACUCCGUGGUCCCAUUCAGCCUUGUUGGGUUGCUCCGGUAG